AUGCUCCACUCCGACUCCAGCUCCAGCUCCAUUCGGAACAAACACGAAACGCCGCCAGCAAAGUUCAAGUCGGCCAGCAGGAGAAAUGUACAAGUGUUAAAUGUCGAACGCUUUUUGGUAGUCCGGGGAAAUGCGUGCUGGCCGGCAUUCGGCACGAAGCGAACACGGAAACGGUGGACAAAUGAACCUCACUGGAUGCUGUGA